UGCAGCAUGGAAAAAAUUAAAAUUUUCGAAACUUUAUGAGCAAAGCCUGCGAGAUCAAACUCAAAGUCCGAAUUUUUUCCACAUGAAGACUAAUGUAUUAAUUAUGAAUUUUGAGAUGCGCAAGGACGCAACAAAAUCCCGUAUUUUUUUCAAGUUGUAUUGAAAACAGAAUGUUGCUCCUUAUUUUGACAAAUAUACUAAGUAAUACAAUAUACUAAGUCUAUAUUCGUUUAUAAUUUUUGUGAAAUAAAACUCUCUAGUGCAGUUUAUCUUAAAAGAAAACCGCACGCAACACUUUCAAACAUGAAUUUUUACCGUGUUUUUUAUAAAUAAUAUUAAUAAUACAACUUUUGAUAAAAUUUCUUGAAAAACCUUAAUGAAUGACAGAAAAAGAAAUACAAUUGGACUUGUUGCUGUUGGAGCAUUUGGAACUGCAGCUGUAGGAUUGUUGGUUGGAUGUGCGCCUUUUGUUUUACCAGCUUUGAGAAAGAUAUGCCUUCCUUAUGUGCCAGCGACCGAUAACCAAAUACAUAAUGUCCUGAAAAUAUUGCGUAAAAGGAGAGGAGAUGUGAUAGAUCUAGGUAGUGGAGAUGGUAGAAUUGUGCUGGCUGCAGCAAAAUUAGGGUUUAGAGGAUUAGGUGUGGAACUUAAUCCGUGGCUAGUAUUUUAUUCUAAAAUUCGAGCUUUUAAUCUUGGACUUUCUUCUCAUGCUAAAUUUAAAAGGCAAGAUAUAUGGAAGACUGAUCUGGGGAAAUUCCAAAAUGUCAUUAUCUUUGGAGUGGAGCAAAUGAUGCCACAGCUUGAAGAAAAAUUAAAAUUAGAACUCAAAGAAAAUGGUUGUGUCAUAGCUUGUCGAUUUCCCCUCCCAAAUUGGCAGUCAGUUGCAAUUGAAGGUGCUGGCAUUGAUACAGUAUGGCUCUAUGAGAAAAAGGCAUAUAGUUGAGUAUGUAUUUACUAAUAUUUAAACUGUAGCAAUGGUGCAUAAAUAAAGUGUUUAGUAAUGUGAAUUUUAUUUAAUAGCUUAACAUAUAUUUCCUAUUAAAUCAUUUAAAGAGAAAUAUUUUAAUUACUUGAGAUGAUGCAUUGUUAGCCAUUAAUGUGAAAUAAUCUGUAGACA